AUGCCUCUGUACGUGAUAGGAAUGCUGGUUACGUUACAAAGAAACGCGAAGAUGCCCCACAGAGUCCACGUUCUGCUACUACUGCUGCUGUCGCUGUGUCGGCCGGCAGCAGCGACCCGGGUCAGAAAGAAGACCGUCAGGACGCGGUCCUGUCUGGACAUGCCGGAGGAGAAGUUGGAGGAGAUUUUUGGACGGCUCUCGGUGGGAGUGAUGAGCGCUUUCCAUCACGCUCUGCAGCUGGAGCCGCAGGACAAACUUAACCUCACCUGCCCCACCACCGCACGAGUCCCGACCGACGGCAAGACCCGCCUCCCGGUCAACCUGCUCAGCAUCUCCCCCUGGGCCUACAGGAUCUCAUACAACCCAAAGAGAUAUCCCCGCUACAUCCCUGAGGCCUACUGCCUGUGCAAGGGCUGCCUGAUCGGACCGUACGGCGAGGAGAGCAGUCAGUAUCGCAGCACCCUGGUCUACGCUCCCUCCGUCAUCCUGAGGAGAACAGGCUCCUGCGUCGGCGGCCGCCACUCUUACACGGAGAUCUACGUCUCCAUAGCCGUGGGAUGCACCUGUGUGCCGCUGCUGGAGAAGAGGCCGAAGAAGAACAACCAGAGCCUGCAGAGGAGAGAGCCUAAACCCAGGAAGCUCUUCACUCCAAGAAAGGAAGCAUGACGGAAGCAGGACUGCUGCUGCAGAGAAGUUUUUCUUUGUUUUUUGUUUUUGUUUUUUUUACAGCUGAUUCGCUCGUGCUAGAACAUUUGAAACAGUUUAAGGGAUUAUGUCUGAAAUGGAAGCCCCUGGAAAUGUCACUUA